AUGCCAACCAUCACCGUCACCAAAAAGGCUGCUUCGGAAUUCCGCCCGCGCAGAUCGCAUGAAAAAUCAAGAAACGGGUGCUGCGAUGAAGCCAAGCCCAUUUGCUCCCGCUGCAACAAGCGCAACCACUGGUGUCGCUAUCACGACGACGCGAAACGAGACUCCGGGGGCGCAUCCGCACAAGAAGCCGUCGAAGAAGAAACUGUCACGUCGCAGUCGAUGAUGCUGGAAAUCCCCGACCUUGGUCCCAGUGGUUCCUCGAUGUGGCCGGACAAUGUCUACGCCACCGACUCGACCACGAGCUCAUUGUCCCCGUAUACCUUGGCCUACAUGUUUGAAGAAGGCGACGAGGCUCGCGUGCCCGGUGUCUUGAGCUCGCAGGAGCUCGAGCUACUAAGCCACUACAUCACGCACACGAGUGGCAUCAUCCCCUUUGACCAAGGGGACUUGCAUGCGCUCCACGUGGGAAUUCCCAAUCUUGCGCUUGGCAACGAACCCCUCAUGGCAUCGGUACUAGCUCUCUCGGCGGCUUGUAAGAGUCACGAUAUUGUGAAGCAUUCGCUUGAGCCGUUGGAGAGGCUAGAUGAGGUGCGAGGACUGCUUUCCCUUGCAGACAUGCACCACAGGACGUCGCUGCACCAUAUCCAGGCCGCUGUACGUGACGUGCAACAACAUGACUACAUCUGGGCUAAUUCCGCGCUCAUGGUGUUGUAUGGCUCGUCAAGCCAUUGCCUUCGUGUGUCUCUGGCGCAAAUGGCGAACAGGCGUGGUAUUACGCUGCAGCAUGAGUUGUUGCCCACGCAGUCGCAGUGGAUGAUGUUGAUUCGAGCAGCGCAUGCGGCCUUUACAGGCUUGUUGAACGUGCAGAAUGAGAAUACAAAUACCGUGUUUGGCAGUCGAUAUCUCUCAGUCGACGAGACUUCUGCCGUUCCAACACCAGGAUUGUCAUUUGACAAUGUACAUCUCGCCGAAGAUGGACCUUCUGAAGGCACCAAGCUGUUUCUGCUCCCGGCUGUUUGGGCAACAUACAGGCCGGCGCUCAAUCAGCUCGCUGUAAAGGUGCAAUCAUUGCAGACACGGUGUCCUCGUGAUUGUGCGCGCAACCUUGGAGCGUGUCUUGCAUCACAUGCAAUUCUGGAGCAUGUCUUCAGCGCAGUCUUCAUAGACAAGGAGACCCUUGCGCCUCACCAGUCCGAGGUCAUAUCGCCAUGGCUAACAAGCUACCUCGGACGCGUAACGUCGUCUACGCCGUCCAAGCCGCUGCGAAGCACCGUCAUGGCAUUUUUGAACCGCGUGCCGGUCGAGUAUCUGCACCUGGUCCAGUCGACGCUUGACGGCAUCCCGAUACCCGGCCAUCCGAAUCACGUCCAUUGGGACGACUCAGCACCAAUGACAAUGACCUCUGCGCAUCGAAUAGCAGUGGACAUUUUUGCGCACUGGCUCGUCCUCGUCAUGCUCCUCGACGGCGUAUGGUGGAUCGGCGGCAUCGGAGAAUGGGAGUUGGGACGGAUACUCGCCUCGGCCCAGGGACGAGCGGAGCCAGGAGGGAGAUGGUGGCCGGAGAGCAUGUAUAACGUCAAAAGGAAGCUGGCAGAGCAUUGUAGUAACUAG